AUUAAGAACUCUUGCUAAGUGAGCCCAUUGUAAUGAAGAUGUUGCCGGGAAUUUAUUUGCUUGUACUCGCUGGACUGCAAAUCCUUGCAUCCAAGGCGGAGUUCUUCAGCUCAACUAGUGGCCUGGGGCAGCUGCUGCGCACGGAGGUCAUCGUGUUGAGAGAGCUGCAGACAUAUGUGAAUGAAAUAAGGGAGCAUGCCGAUAUGCUACAGAGAGAAAUCAAUGAGAUUAGAGCGGAGCAUCUGACCGCGGCGGAGAGCAUCGAGAGUUAUCUCAACAAUCCGGUGAAUGCGUUCCGACUGAUAAAGCGCCUGCACACCGACUGGGAGACGCUGGAGGCCACCGUGGAGAGCGAGCACAGUCGCACAAAUUUCCUCGAGGCCAUGGCGGGCCACCGACAGAACUUGAGCUUCCCCACGAUGGAGGACUUUGUGGGCACGACGCUGGCGAUGACGCGACUGCAGCAGACCUACAAGCUGGACGUGGCCGAGCUGGCGAGCGGCAUGCUGAAUGGUGUCAAAUACGGGUCGGCCAUGUCGUGGCAGGACUGCUUCGUGCUGGGCCAGCAUCUCUACUCGAUGAGCGACUUCAACAACACGGUGCCCUGGCUGGAGCAGUCGAUGCGGCUGCUGGCCCAGCAGAGCUACAGCGAUGAGCCCGUCUCAUUGGAUUUCAUGGAAGCAGUCAUCGGCUACCACGAAUCGUUGGGCGACUACCAGAACGCAAUCGAUCUGAUUAAUCACGUGCUGGCCGUGGAGCCGGAGCAGCGGCUCCAUCUGCUGGAGAAGCGCGAGCACCUCGAGCAGCUCAUCUCCGACGGCGUCAAGCGCGGCCUCAUGCACGUGGUGGCGCGCAGUCCGGAAGACUACCACGCCACGCAGGACUACCUCAUCUAUCAGCAGGUCUGCCGCGAGGAGCUGAGGCCAACCGCCGCAGCGCAACGUGAGCUGCGCUGUCGCUACUUCAGCGGCCAUGGACGGAGCUUAAACUACCUGGCGUACAAGUUGGAGGAACUGCACCGGGAUCCCUACAUAAUACAGCUGCAUGAAGUCAUUGGCGCCCACGAAGCUGUGGAGCUGCAGCGCCUGGCUCGACCCGAGCUGCAGCGCUCCGAGGUCUAUAACCCAAUCAACGGCAGCAUCGCAGCGGCCUUCCGCACCAGCCAGGGCACAAUCUUUGAGUAUGACGAGCAUCCCAUCACAGAGAAGCUGAGCCAGCACAUGACUCUGAUAUCCGGCCUGGAUAUGAACUUCGCGGAGCCACUGCAAGUAGCCAACUACGGCAUUGGCGGCCACUACGAGCCGCACAUGGACUCCUUUCCAGAAAGCUUCGACUACAGCUCGCAUACGUUUAAGACCAAUCGCAUAGCUACGGGCAUCUUCUAUCUAUCGAAUGUGGAGGCCGGCGGCGCCACAGCGUUUCCCUUUCUGCCGCUGCUCGUCAAGCCCGAGCAGGGCAGCCUGCUCCUCUGGUACAAUUUGCAUCGCUCCGGGGAUGCCGACUAUCGCACCAAGCACGCUGGCUGCCCGGUGCUGCAGGGCAGCAAGUGGAUUGCCAAUGCGUGGGUACGUCUGAGCCACCAGGACCACGUGAGACCCUGUCAGCUGCAGCGCGAUCACGAGAUCUCCUUGCAGUUUAAGGACUAAUCAGUCCUUCACAGCUCAACUCAAUCAU